GUUGCCUAGGAAAGUAAAAUGAGGUUGUGUUGUAUAGUCGUCCACAUCAAGCUGAGAAUAAUUAAGUGAUGUACAGAAAACUUUCAAGAAGUUUUUAUUGAUUUGCAGUGAUGCCGAUGUAAUCUGUGUCAGGAUAUGGGGGAAGAGUAAUAAAGGAUAUUUAAAUAACAAAGAGACCUACAUUGCAUAUAUUAUACCAAAUACAUGGAAAUAAGCGCUCGAACGGCUCCUGAACCUUUUCAUAAAUUCUUUGCAUUUUUUGUUCUUUUUUAUGUCUACAGGUCGUGUGCAACCAAAAGAGCUUCCUCAACAAAAAACUCAUUGUAAUCUGGACACUUUCUUCGUCAUUUUACGCAGCGGUGACACUGGUCAAGCACCUGGCGGAUGCCAGUGACGGUCAAAUUUCUCCCUACACUUGGACAUAUACACCCACUUACCUUGACAUUACUCACUUUACUACGUCACAGCGCCUUUGUUUCUUGGCACUUUCCCAGUGUUUCAACUUUCCCUUUUUGGUCAGAUGACUCUGCGUAGUUCUGACUAAAGACAUUCAACAAUAACAUACUACAGUGACAUCAUCAUUUUGUACUAGGAGUCGAUGUCAUCAGGAAAACAAAGCAAAGGACUGCUUAUUUCUAAUUAAAACUGGACAUUAUUAAUAACGGGCACGUUCCUGCAUCACAUUUUGACGCGCCCCCACACUCCGAACUCAACGCGUUUGGAUCAUGCAUUCCAACUGAUGUGAUCAUUUCUACUGGAGUUUGUGAGCGGACCGUCCCAUCACUUUUAUGCUUGUUACCACCGUAUUUCGUCUGUCAUUUACACCUUGUUGAUAUAUCUACAGUUGAAACCAUCAAUAGUUGAAAACUAGUCGUCGUCAACUUUUUAAAUGUUUAGACAUGUUAUAGCUGAGGCAAACUUUCGUCUUAUUAUUCCGACGUCGGAUCGACUAAACUUUCAUUUCGACUACAAACAAAAAUCCCUUUGUUUAUCUGUUAAAGUUGGAUUGUCAGCUUUCUUCCUGUUCGGGGAAAUACUUUCUGCAAACCCAAAUAUUGUUAUUGAACUCUGAACUGCAUUGUUACAAGCAGUUAAAUUGUUUCUGUUCUUAGGGUCGAAGCGCAUAGGAAGGAAAACCCUAUUAACUGCGCUGGAUACAAAAUCUUGUUUGGACUUUUACUCAAUGUGGGAAUUUCCACCUUAUUUUUCAUUGCUCCAGCAUUGUUACACCGUCGAACAUUUUGCUUCAACAUUGCCUGUCUGGUAUAUUACCCUUUUCAAGUUGGAUUAAUUCAGUCUAGAUGUGAAGAGAGAUUUGAAAAAUGUCACUGAAUAUAACAGACGUUCCUUUUCCUCCCCCUUCUCCUACCACCCUGGCUCCAGACCGUCGUCACAAAGCCUUGGAAGAUAUCUGCAUCACAUUAGCUGUCUUCUCUCUCGUCAUCAUCAAUAUCGCACUCUUCCUAUUCUGGAGAUACAAGGCGUUAGGAAAGUCCCCUCUACCGUUUCGCCGUUACUCAACAGACUCCGAAGCCUAUGCAACCCUUCACCAACCAGUCAUGACUAAAGACUCUCUACACACCUCCCAUUCUCAGCGUCGGGUCCAGGAAGUACUCAAACAUUACGCAUCUACUGUAGUCCGGGUCGGACAAAACCAUAUCGCCAGGAAAUCAAACGGCUCUCUCUACGCUUCUUUCAGCGGAGACAGCGCCGAUGCCUCUCCGGUCCAUACCAACCACUCCUCUGCUACGAAAAACAAGACCGCUUCGUUACCAGCGAAACAAUCGGAAGAGCGAUGUAGUAUUCUCGCCUACGAACAAAGUCCGGCGAGGCGGAGUGAAAGUGGUGUUUAUGAUGAUAACUCUGUCAGGUUUAAGUUAGGACAUCCGGAUGAAGACAGUACGACGGGUGGCGAGAGCGAAAGCCAGGUUUACUGCGAAGUGGUCGAUGUUGCUGCCAGGCGUCACGCAAGACACAUUCGCCCAAUAUCGUUUGAUUUUUGCCAGGAUAAAGACGAUACGCGUAGUCUCGCUUCACAUAACAACAACGACAUGAGCAUCGGUGGGGAGAGCAACAUGACCGAUGAUGGUGGUAUGGAAACUGUUUAUGAAAACUUUAGAAGGAGGCAACCGACUUCGAACUUCGCGUCGAUGAUGAAAAGCAAAGCUUCACCUUCGCGUGAGUCAAUCGCCGCUAUGUAUUCUACGUGCAGGACUAUCAGCGGGGAUUAUGCCACUUGCGAUGCCGGUGGAAGCUGGAGACCAACCUCUUUCGCGUUCUGUCGGGACGGUACUCCAAGUGCCACGGAUACAACUCUUUCAAGAACAUCUAUGGUAUCUGAACAUGAUGAAAAUGCGACAUAUGAGCAGUUCGUAGAACCGGAAGAUCCGAUAUACGCGCAAACGGUUAUACGCAGGAGCAAAAGGUCUGUAAAACAGUAUCCUUCGUCGCUUCCAUGCGAUGCCAUACUCAGCUCACAGCCUCUCUACGAACAACCGGUCUUUGAACAACCCUUGUAUGAAAACUUUGAAAAGAGCGAACAAGAUGAAGAGAGUGAAAUCGACCACAGGUACAGUUCUCUGCAUCUAGAUGCCCCUAUGAACAGUCACCUGACCGCUUCAGACUCUCGGAUCGAUGUCAAUUCUGAUUCGCGCAGAAGUCGCCGCGGCAUGCACGGUGGCGGUGGAGCGGACAACCGAAGGCUGGUUCCCAGGGAUUCGACCAAUCCCCGCUCUGACAAUACGGGCGAUGCCUCGCCGCAUGCAACGAGCCCUGGUGUAGUGGUUCCCGACAUCAGCAUGACAUCGAACCAAAGUUCCUUCCAUACGAUAGCCCGAGAAUUAGCUGGACUUCACCAAGACAGUGUUGAUGAUUAUGAUCCGGAGGAGAGCUUUCCAGUCAUGCAGAUGCUUUCUGAUCGCUAUAGCACUGGCAAUUUCCUCAACAAAUUUUAUUAACCCUUCGAUUGCUUUCUCUAUCCCUCUACACGGUCACCCGUUUGCCACAGCAGCAAUGUUACAAUA